AUGACUCACAGCCCCAAAGCUAACGGCGGCGGCGUCUCAGGACCUGAUAUUGAUCUCAAACCUGGAGCGUCCGGAGGACCCCCUGUGUGCGCUCCGUCUGCAGAGAGCACAUCUGUACAGAGCUCAAGUGGCUCCUCAGUCAUCUCCCCCCUCCUCCCCUCUAUGGCCACGCCCACCCCGUCGCCCCCGGUGACAGCCACACAAGCCGGUGGCAGUUGGCUCCCGUGGGUGCUCCAGAGUCUUCUUUUGCCGGUUCCCUCUCUCCUCACCCUCUCCCCUCACCCCUCUCUCUCUCCCCUCAUCUUUUACCCUCUCCCCUCAUCCCUCACCCUCUUCUUGUCAUUAACAGCUAAUGAUGGGAUGAUUUUGCAGCUGAAUCGGCGCAUACGUCUUGCUCACAAUCGUUUCCGGCCGGCCUUCAUCUUGGAACCUUCCCAGCCCCAACCAGUCCACCCCCCAACCGGAGCAUUCUUUCAUCCAUCGCAAUUCCACACCAGCCACAAACUGCCCUCGGAGGGAGCCCGUAUCACCGCCAUCCCCUCCCGCGAGCUGAAUCGGCGCGUCGUGGUUGGACCUGCAUCUCCACGCGUCGUGCCAAGCGCUUUACAUCUCCGCGGGGCCAGUUCGCCUCGGGGGGGAAGACGGCGCACACCGCGGGGAGAGGGCUGUUGGCACGGGGGCCGCGAGAUGCCAGCAGUGAGCGGAGGAGAAGCCAUGGUCAGCGCGUCAUGCCAGGAUUCUUCGGCUGCGGAAUUGGGGUUGGGGGGGGGUGGGCUUUGUCGGACCGGGACCGCGAACAAAGUGAGAGAUAGGCAGAGGUGGGGAGAGGCGCCAAAGUUUGUCGUCGAGUAA